CAAAUAAGACAUCAAGAGAUCUCGGGCGUGUCCGGCUUCACCCACGGACCAAGUUCAUGCGCAUAACUUCCUUCGACCUUGGUCUGGACAGACUGAGAUCCAUGAUCCCUUUCCCUUCCGGGCAUAGACAGGCCGAUUAGGUUGACUUAGCUGGCUUUCCCCUGAUGGCCUUACGCACGCCUGCCAGGAUCAGAGAUUUCUUUAUUCCUGGUCUGUCCCGGGGUACAAAGUCUUUUGCUGGAGCCUACCCUGGGUACUCGUCGGUCCCUUCACAGAAUAGGGAUGAUUGCGUUGGAUUGUUUCUUCUUCUACUCAGCGGUGCGGUUCGGUCAGAUGCAUCAUGCUGCCCUGGAUACGGGCGGUUGACGACAAUGCCUCUCAGGCAUCAGUUGUCGUAGUCCCGACCAUUGUGACCACGGUCAUUGCCGUGGUACUCACCCUGCUGCGGCUGUACGUUCGGAAGUUUGUCAUGAGGACACUGUCCUGGGAUGACUGGUUCAACCUCCUCGCGACGUUGACCACUCUCAUCGCCAUGGCCUUGAUCCUCGCUGCAGUCCCGUACGGACUGGGGCGCCAUUAUGACACCCUCGAUGUCGAUCGUGCCGUCUAUUGUAUAAAGCUCAUGCGGAUGUGUCUCUUUCCGCUGCUGUUCUCGACCAUCUUCUUGAAGAUCUCCAUUAGCCUUCUCUUGAUGAGGCUGUUUCUUACAGCCAAGGUGUGGAAGAUAUUCUUCUGGUGCUUUAUUGCCUUCAAUACGAUCACGAGCCUUCUUGAUGCCGCCAUCGUCCUCCCUCAAUGUGAUCCGGUCGCGCGAACAUGGGACAAACGAGUGGAUGGAACUUGUUGGCCUAGUUCCGCAAUCAAUGGGGCGGCCAUUGCGCAAGGAACAAUCGCCGCGGGAACAGACAUUGUGCUAUCCGUCCUACCCAUCGUGUUUUUGUGGAAGGUUAAGAUCCCGAUCAAAGUGAAGGCAGCCAUAUGCGGGCUCAUGGCACUGGGGUUUGCGAGUGCUGGGUUUGCACUUGCGCGAACAAUGUAUGUUUCCACCUUGACCGAGUCAUCGGAUCCGACAUGGGACUACGUGAAUCUCUACAUGUGUGCAUUCCUAGAAUCCUCCAUUGGUGUCAUCGCUGCCGCAGCACCCUCCGUCAGACCCCUCCUUCGUCCUGGAUUCUGGACCAAGGAAUAUUCCCGAUCGAGAUCCCGCUCUUUCCCGCUGCAUACGUUGACUGCCAAGAAGAGCGCACGGCCGGUCUGGGGCGAUACCCUUUUCGAUACCAGGCUCGAUCUGGAAGAACGCCCGAUCAAUUCGAGGGACAGCGAGUCCAAGCUGUGGCCACAGCUGAACAUGGCUAUUGUGAAGCGGACAUCAAUAGAGGUAGUGACCAACUCUUUGACGCAUAGUGAGGUGAAAGCCAUGGGACGGCGAAGUGCUUAGAGUUUUGUACAGAUAAAGACUGGUUGGAUGCAAAAGUUUCCCACAUAUAUUUCCUGCUACUGAAUAGAGCUAGAGAGGCUAAUGUCACUGUAAUUAUCCG